GUGAGGUGCUUUUAAAAAACGGUGCAAACUGGGGGGCUCUGAGAUCGCCGGGAAUAUUCUGAGACGUGAGGGCGAGACUAUCCUGCAAAGGGUAGCGGGAUAGGGUCUUCUUCCCUGGCCUCAGGAAUCUGCCCAGUGGAAUAUAUACAAUGAUGUCAACUCAAAGGGCAACUAAAAACUCUCAGGUAAGAACUAGAAUUUCACAGGGUAGUAAUAGUUUUCAGACCAGCCUCUCAUCCUGGGAAGUAAAACAGAAAUCAAGUGGCUCGAAACUAAACAGUUCAAUGGAAGAUUCUAAACAUCCUGAUGAUCAACCAGAAGAUGAUCUGCAAAGAGCCGUGAAAUACUUUGAGAAAGGUCCCAUGAAAACAUUACGGAGUAAAGACAAAAUCUUAGAAAAACACUUGAAAACUGUGGAAAAUGUGGCUUGGAAGAAUGGGUUAACUCCAGAAGCAAUUGAUAUUCUAUUAAAUGUGGCACUCAGUGGCAAGUUUGGGAAUGCUGUAAACAUGCGGAUGUUGAAGUACAUGAUUCCAGCAACUCUGAUAUCAGAAGAUUCUGUGGUUAAGGCAGUAUCCUGGCUCUGUGUGGGCAAGUGUUCUGGUAAUACCAAGGUACUUUUUUAUCGUUGGUUGGUUGCAAUGUUUGACUUCAUUGAUCAUAAGAAGCAAAUUGGUUUGCUCUAUGGCUUCUUUUUUGCUUCGUUGCAAGAUGAUGCACUGUGCCCUUAUGUAUGCCACUUGUUAUAUUUACUGACAAAAAAAGAGAAUGUCAAACCAUUUCGUGUGAGAAAAUUACUUGAUCUUCAGACCAAAAUCGGAAUGCAGCCUCAUCUCCAGGCUUUGUUGUCACUAUAUAAGUUCUUUGCUCCUACUUUGAUUUCUGUAUCUUUGCCUGCAAGAAGGAAGAUCUACUUUAAGAAAUCAGAAAAUCCGUGGGCUUCAGCUCUCCAUGCUGUGAGGCUAAGAAACCAGGGACCUUUUCCAGAACCUCUAAAGCUGGCAUUAGGUCCAGUUAAUGUCCGUUUUCUAAGAAGAAAAUGCAAUUCUCAUUCAAUUAUACCAGUGGUAAAUUCUGGUAGCUAUGCUAAAGAAGGUGGGGAAAAGAAAAUGAAUCUUUCUGAUUGUCUUGGUGGCAGUAGCUCACUUCCACUAGAACAACUUCAAAGUUUUCCUCAACUUUUACAGAACAUCCAUUGCUUAGAGCUGCCUUCUCAGAUGGGUUCAGUGCUAAACAACUCUAUACUACUUCACUAUGUUAAUUGUGUCAGAGAUGAGUCAAUCUUACUGAGGUUCUAUUACUGGUUGAGUCAAACAUUACAAGAAGAAUAUAUUUGGUAUAAAAUGAAAAACUGUGAAGAAGGAAAAGAAUUUAUAAACUUUCUGGACACUGUCAUCAGGGCGGAAUGCUUCUUACAAGAGGGGUUUUAUUCCUGUGAAGCAUUCCUGUAUAAGAGCCUGCCUCUCUGGGAUGGCUUCUCUUGUCGAUCACAGUUCCUUCAGCUUGUAGCCUGGAUUCCUUUUAGUAGCUUCUCGGAGGUAAAGCCACUUCUUUUUGAUCAUCUAGCACCCCUCUUCUUUACAUCAACUAUUUAUUUCAAGUGUAGUGUUCUUCAGAGUCUGAAAGAAAUGCUGCAGAACUGGCUGUUACAGCUUUCUGUGGACACCUACAUGCAACCUAUGACAAGCAGUCCUCUAGAGACGACUUUGGGUGGAUCUAUGAACUCCGUGUCUAACCUGAUUGACUACGUAGGGUGGAUGUCCACUAUUGCAAUGCGCUUGGAGAGCAAUAGUACUUUCUUGCUGCACUUUAUUUUGGAUUUCUAUGAGAAGGUGUGUGACAUAUAUGUAAAUUACAACCUUCCGUUAGUGGUGCUGCUUCCUCCUGUGAUCUUCCAUUCUGCACUCCUAAGCCUGGAUGCCAGUAUAUUGAACCAACUUUGUUACAUUAUGCACAGGUAUCACAAUAAUUUGGCAGCUGCAAAGAAAAAGGAGUUAUUACAAAAGGCAAAAUCAGAAUUUAAUUUCAGCAGCAAGACCUGUAAAGAAUUUAAUCACUAUUUGACAGUUAUGGUUGGCUGCCUAUGGACGUCCAAACCAUUUGAAAAAGGAGACUACUUUGAUCCCCAAGUCCUAGAAAAAACUGGAAUGGCUGAGUAUAAGCACAGUUUGAAUUUAGUCCAUCAUCCUUCACUAUUGAGUUACGCGGCUUCCUUUCUGUUACAGGAAAGCCCAGAAGAAAGGACAAUAAGCAUGAGCUCUAUUCGGGGGAAGAAAUGGAACUGCUAUUUGGACUAUUUAUUUUCAGAGGGUUUUCAAGGCUUGAAACUUUUCAGAACAAGUAGUAUCCGUUGUUCUUCUGUCUCCCAGUCAUAGACCACAACGGUGAACACUGGAAGAAUGUUGACAUAAACAAACUGGGCAUGCUGGGCUAAAUUCCUAAUUGCUGGAGAGGUCAAAUAGCUCAACUUGAGUUUCAAUAUCAUUUCACAUACAGACUGCCAUCUUCAAGGAGUACUCAGACUGGCCUUCUGUCCAUGGCUCAGGAGAGCCUUGGUGUGCUUAACUUAUUUUGCAGAAUAGAGAUCUUUAGCCUACGGUUGAAAAAUGACCUCUUCAUCGCUAAACUCUGCCUUCACUGAAUUAUAUGUGAAGAAACACAUCUACUUUGUAGUGGGAUUUCUUUUUACAUUUUUGUGUACUAUAUUAGUAGAAGAGAACAAGUCAUAUACAGCAAUACCUACUCCACAGGCGUAUUCAUGCAAGAUACUCUGCUACUUCUGAAAUCUCUUGGGAUAGUGCCAGUUUUUCUUACAUUAACACUACCAGCAGCACCAAGUUAUUAAGAUGCAGCACGAAUGACUGAAGAGCUUGAGAAGCUCAUGAUGUUCUUGGUCUUCACUGAUAGCAAUUUUAUGAGGGAAGGAAGGGGGAAAGGAUGAAGACAUUUCUCUUUUUAUUGGUUUUAUUUCUUGAAACCAUUUUAUAUUGUUUGAGUGUAUAUGUAUAUGUAUGUGUGUAUGUAUGUAUGUAUGUAUUCAGGUUUUUGUGACCAGGCCUAAGUAAAUUAAUUGCCACUUUGCUUUCAGAAGUAAUUCUGAAGCUUUUUAAAAAUCCUUAGCAGAUAGGAUAUUUUGCUGGCAAUUCAUUAUGAAACUGUGUUUCACUACUACUGAAUAUGUUCCUUUUAAUAAAUUCACAUUGCUUUAGUGGAAUGAAGCUCAACUUGUCUUUUAAGGUAAAGUAGUUCUUUUUCUAUUGAAACAAAACCUGUAUUAUUGAUAGUGUUCAGACAAUCUCACUCAUCUAUUCUUUGAUUCAGUAAUAUUUAUCCACUUCUUUACUGUGUGACAGGUCCUUCUCUACACUGGUUAUACAGUUAUGACUGAUGCAAAGUAUGCUUUUAUGAGCUUUACAUUGCAGUGCAGUUGACAGACAUUAAUAGUACAGAUAUAUCAGGCACUAUGAAUAAAAAGCAAAAAUUUGGAACAGAAUGUGGAGAGGGUUGCUGCUGUAGAUAAAGUGGUUAGGGAAAGCCUGUUUGAGGAGUUGACAUAGGCAGAGACCCUAAUGAAGUAAGCAUAGGAACAAUGUGACCAUUUGGGAACCGAGCAUUCUGAGCACAGGUAAAGGCAGGUAAAAAGGAUGGGAAAUUAAUUUGUAUAGCAUGUUUGUGAAGUGGCCCAGGAGCCAGUAAAUCUACAAUAUAGUGAUUAAGAGAGAAGAAUGGAAAGAAAGUAAAUAGGAAGAAGGGCGGAGAAUGGUUCACUACAUAUCCUUGUAGCUUGACAUAUAUGUGUCAGUGGAAGUCAUUUGGAGAGAUUGAGAAGAUGAAUGACAUCAUUUGACCUGACUUUGUGAAAUACAGAGCUUUGGUGUGAAGGUUAGACUGAAGAGGAUGGAGGGGAAAAGCAGAGGCUAGCCAGGUUACUAGAGUGUUCUAAGCAUCAGUAUUAAACAAAUGUGGGUAUAGGGAGGUGGUUAGAGGCUGGAUACAGGUUCUAUUUUGAAGGUAAAGAAUUUAAAACCUACUGGUAGCAUGGGUUUGAGGAAGAGGAAAGAAAGGAGUAAAAGAUGACUCCUAGAUUUUUGACCUGAACAACUGGGUGAAUUCUGAGAUACACAGAUGAGGAGAUGCUAGAAGAGGAGACACGAAGAAGCAUGAAAUCAGUUUUUAUUUUGUCUGUGUUAGGUUGGAGAUGCUGAAUAGACAAACUUCACGGUGUAAUUUAGAACUAGAAAAAUUAAUUUGGAAGUCAUCAGGGAAUAAUCAUAGCGUUGGAUGAGAUCAUAUAGUGUAAAUUAAUUGGAGAGUCAUCCGGGAAUAGCUAUGCCAUUAAGUGAAAUCAUGGGGUAUAGUUAAAAUAGUGAAGGUGGCAAAGAUCAAGCUCUAGCACAUGAGAACAUUAAGAAGUAAGGGAGAAGAGGAGGAACCAGUAAAAGUUGGAGAAAGACUUGCUGGUGAACUACAAGAACAAUCAGGAGUCUGAGAUGCUGGAAGCCAGGUGAAGAUAGUAUUUCAAAAAGGAGGGAGUAUUUCCACAUGUUAACAACAUGCAGAAGUUUAAGAAGCUGACCUCAGAAGUAAAGAGAAUAGUGGUUACCAAAAGCUGGGAAGAAUGGGAGCAGGGUGGGAGAGAGGGAGUGGGUUGGGAGAAAUAGCUACCAGUUACACAGGUGCAGUGGGAUAGGAGGAAAAGCAUCUAGCAUUCUGUAGCUUCAUAUGGUUACUAUGAUUGUCAACAUUUAAUUGCAUAUUUCAAAAUUGCUAAUAGAGAAGAUUUAAAUGUUCCCCAACACAAAGAAAUGAUAAAUGUUGAGAAUUGAUAUAUAUGCCAUUUACUGUGCUCUGAUCAUUGAACAUUGUACAUAUGUUAAAAUACCAUCUUGAACCCCAUAAAUAUGUACACUUAUGUGUCAACUAAUGUUUUUAAGAGAAACAAUAAAAUCUGAAA